AUCAGAGGCUGUACAGGAAGGUACUGGAAAAUACCAAUGUUUGACGGAAGUUGUUCUGUAUCAUCGUUGUAUUAUUAUCAUUGGUAGCUCGAGUCGAUAAGAAGGGAGAGAUAUGGCUUGUUUUCAUGAAAUAGCAUUGGUUUCUGGACGACAUCCUAAACCUGCCGGACUGGUUCUUCAAUAUGGAACAGCAGGAUUUCGUGCACGGGCUGAACAACUGGAUCAUGUGAUGUAUCGCAUGGGUUUGCUGGCAGUGUUGAGGUCCAAGAAAACCAAAUCUACUAUUGGUGUAAUGGUCACAGCGUCCCAUAAUCCAGAAGAAGACAAUGGAGUGAAAUUGGUUGAUCCUUUAGGAGAAAUGCUUGCACCUGCAUGGGAAGCAUAUGCCACGCAGCUGGCAAACGCAGAAGAACAAGAUCUGAAAUCUGUCUUAACCAGUAUUCUUGACAACGAGUCUGUGAACUUGCAGGAAGUAGCUCGGGUUGUUCUUGGCAGAGACACACGGCCUAGUAGUCUAAAUCUUGCCCAAGCUGUUAUUGAUGGAGUAAGUGCCUUAGAUGGAACUUACCAAGAUUAUGGCCUUGUAAGCACCCCACAGCUGCAUUAUAUGGUUUGCUGUUGGAAUACCAUGGAGCAUUAUGGGACUGCAACAGUGGAAGGAUAUUACCAGAAACUUUCUCAGGCCUUUCUUGCAAUGACUAAGCAGACUCCUUAUCAUCCAGAAGAAUUACGACAAUUGAACGUGGAUGGAGCAAAUGGUAUUGGUGCACUAAAGCUCCAGGAAUUGGAGCCGUACCUUGAGAACAAGCUGCAGCUGAAGGUCCACAAUAAUGGUGCGAAUGGCAAACUCAACUACCUCUGCGGAGCAGAUUUUGUAAAGGUUCAACAGAAGCUACCUCAUGGCUUAUUAUAUAUUAAGACAAAUGAACGCAGCUGCUCAUUUGAUGGUGAUGCGGACAGAAUUGUAUACUAUUAUAUUGAUGAAUCUGGAUGCUUCCAUCUUCUUGAUGGAGAUAAGAUUGCAACUUUAAUUACUAUAUUUCUGCAGGAGCUUCUUGUCAAGGCAGACUUGGACUUGCAGAUAGCAGUAAUUCAGACUGCCUAUGCAAACGGAAGCUCAACAAGAUACAUCACAGAAGUCAUGAAGGUUCCUGUACACUGUGUAAAUACAGGAGUUAAAUAUUUGCACCAUAAAGCUCAAGAAUUUGAUGUUGGGGUUUAUUUUGAAGCAAAUGGCCAUGGCACAGUACUCUUCAGUAAAACUGCUGAAAAUAGAAUCAGACAGCUGGCUCAAGACAAAAAUCAACUAGUAGAGAGAAUCAAUGCAGCUAAAAUGCUUGAAAAUACAAUUGAUUUAAUCAACCAGACAGUGGGAGAUGCCAUAUCAGACCUGCUAACAGUAGAGGCCAUCCUGUCUAUUAAGGGCUUCACAAUUCAGCAAUGGGACUCAAUUUACACAGACCUUCCUAACAGGCAACUAAAAGUGAAGGUGUCCGAUCGACAAAUAAUUGUCACCGUGGAUGCAGGAAAGCGAGUAGUAUCCCCUGCGGGGCUGCAGCAAAAUAUUGAUUCUCUGGUGAAGAAAUACAGUUUGUCACGGGCUUUUGUACGUCCGUCAGGCACAGAAGAUGUGGUCCGCAUUUACGCUGAAGCUGACACCCAGAGUAAUGCAGACACUCUGGCACAUGAAGUGAGCCUUGUCGUGUACAGAUUGGCUGGAGGAGUAGGAGAGGAACCGAAGUUGUUGCAUUGAGGAAACCAAGAUAAUUGGUGAAUGUGUCGACGUGCACUCCUUGGGCUACACUUUUUAUAUUAAGACUACAAAGAGACGCUGGCUGGGGGAAUGGGGAGGUGGGGGUGGGGUGUUCAUUAACUGGAAUUUGUGAUCCUUCGAAGAUUAAAAUACAUAUUUUGCAUGUUUAUUCCACAAUCAAGUAGUAAUGGUGCUUACAUGAGAACUGCUGAUUAUAAAAUUUGACAUUGAAUGGUUGGAAUUCUUUGUUUUGACCUGGAUCUGAAUACAACUAAUUAAAAAAAACACUAGAGCAGGAACAUCUGUUUACAAUAGGUAAUAUUUUAUGGAUUGGAUAAUGUCAUAAGCCAAACUUUGUGUAGUUUUCCAGGAUAGCAGCAUUCUUGCGUGAGAUUUCCUUUAUUUCCUGGCUUGGAAAAAUCUAGGGUGCUAGGAAUGUGGUUCCCUACAUUCU